AUGGCGUGGAUGAGCGACAGAGCUCGCUCGCACCAUCUAGAGCGGUGCCUAGGUGGUUGUACUAUUUGUCCUUCCUCUCCAGAGAGGCUUGAACCCGCCAUUUACGACGAAAUCCAUUUUUCUGGACGAGAACACCACCGAGGUCUCCGCAGUGCAAUCGGCAAACGUGGGUCCAAGUAUAUCCUCCUGGUUUCUGAACAGGGAGACGAGCUGGUGACGUAUCCGGUCUCUAGCUAUCUGUUGCCCACAACCGCUCAACUCUCAACCAUCCUGCAAGGAUUACCCUCAUUGAAGAUCAAAUUACUGAUGCCGUCAGGCCAAGGCGCGAAGAAAGAACCAGGGAAAACAGACGGCCUGACGGUUGCGCUAUUGGCGGAAAGGCGAGCACAACAACGUCGACCGCUUCGCAAGGUCCAAAUUGAACUUUGUCGAUCAGAGCAUGGAAGUCAAAUUGCGCUGCAGAUUAACGAGGUAGAGGUUUCGGAUCGCCAUCCCGGUGAAGAUCAUCUCGAUGGUGUUUGGCCUACCAAGAUUCCUGACCGCUGCUCGUCGCCGCGAACCGCAUCUCAUUCACACGUCAAGGAGAUCGGUUCGACGGCCGGGAGUUUCCUGGAAGCUCAGUCAUGUCAGGCUUAUGGAGGAGUCUCACAUCAGUAUCAAAACCCAGAUAUUCUCAUGUUGGCUUCUUCCCAAGGUCUUCGUGAGAACCAGAUGUAUGCAUCGCAUUCUGUCGUUGAAGAUGCGCCCACAGUUAAAGAUGCACCCACAUAUGCGGUCAUUGACAUCCCGAGGAUCGUGAUUACGAUUGCGUUGCUUUUCAGGCCUUUGGAUAAAAGAGUUUACGAAGCAAAAGUUACGGAGCUUAGGCCUACGGAAUCCGAGAUUCCUUUCUGGCUACGGGAAGUCGGCAUCGCACGUGGGAUUUGGUCUAAGAGCUGUGAACAGGUCCCUAGAGAAGCAUCAGGUCCUUCGGAGAUGAGGAAGAUCGUCGUUGGUGACGUAUCAAGUACAGGCGCUGGCGUGGUGAAGGCUUACAUGUUUGCCGUUGGUGAACCAGCCGGGCUGCUGGCGUAA